AUGGAUCCGGGCUUAAACUCGCUUUUGGCAUGGGGUAUCGAGAACUCGGAUGCAGGUCGUGCCACCACAGAUCAGCCGACAAGAGAGCCCAAAGGUCUAUCAGCCGAUGCUCUCCGGGCUCUCAUGGGCGGCCCCAGCGACGCCGACCUGAUGAAAGAAGCCAUGUCCAUCAUUGUCUCGUCCGAUCCCGAGGUCACGCACGACGCCAAAAUGACGGCAUUUGACAAUUUCGAGCAAUUGGUCGAGGGCAUCGACAACGCAAACAACAUGGAACCACUGGGCCUCUGGACGCCUCUGUUAUCCCAACUGGACAGCGAAGUGGCGGACUCGCGGCGCAUGGCUGCCUGGUGUCUAGGGACGGCGGUGCAAAACAACGUCAAGGCGCAAGAACGUCUCCUCGCUCUGAACGGAAUUGACAAACUAUGUCAACUAGCGCUGGACGACUCCGACAAGUCGGUCCGGCGGAAAGCAGUUUACGCUCUCAGUUCGGGCGUGAGAAACUACCAGCCCGCAAUGAACGAGGCCGUCAAGCGGCUACCCAAAGAAUUUGUCGGCCCAGAUCACGUAUCGGCAUCAGAUAUGGACGUCAUUGACGCCAUCAUGGCAAAAUUGAGAGAGAGGGAUUGA